UGACUCAACUUCGCUGCUGCUGGAUCAGACCCAGUCAGACAGAGGAGCCAACCUCAGCCCAGCGCCUGUAACACCAUCUCUAGCCUGAGUGUCGCUGAGAGACAAUGGGGCCAGCAACCGGAGCUGCUGAGAGUGAAGUGCCGCUGCAGGAGUUGCAUGUUGAUGGCAAUGGAAACCUGGAGGCUGGCGGGGAGCCAGAACCUCACUGUAAUAGCAAGAAAAGUCAAACCGGUCCAGUUGUGGUUGCACUGAUAGUUGUAUCAUGUACUUUGAUCGUUGCCAUCAUUGCUGUGGCAGUGCUGGCAUUUAAGCUUUCAUCAGCUGAUCUGUGCCCCCCUCCUGGCCCUGCGUGCCCGGAAGGCUGGAUCGAGUACCGAGGGAAAUGCUACUAUUUCUCAGAGGUCGAAGGGAAUUGGACCUACAUUCAGAGACACUGCUCCUCCUUUGGUGCCUCCCUGGCUGGGAUCGACAGUGAGCAGGAAUUGAUGUUCCUGCUGCGCCAUAAGGAUAUCCAUGACCACUGGAUCGGCCUCUGGAGGGAGCAGGGGCAGCCCUGGAAAUGGACCAACGGCACCAAAUUCAACGAUCUGUUUCAGAUAAGAGGAGGCGGUGACUGCGCGUAUCUGAAUGACGAGAAAGGGGUCAGCAGCUCACGGUGCUACAUGGAAAGACGGUGGAUCUGUAGCAAACCUGAGGUGUAUGUGACGGGAAAAGGGACUGCAGUGGAAGGGAGCUCAAAAUAAGUCUUCCAGAAAUGACACUGAUACAAAGAAUCCACAGUUUAAACUACACACACUUAUUGCUCGAGGGCCCCACUGCCUGGUUCUGAGAUCUUGAGCUUGGCCAGGCUGAUGAAUGGGGACAUGGCUCAUUCAAGUACUGUAGGUGUGAGUGGUAUGUGCCUUCUGCUUCUGAACUUUUAAACUCAGGGACACAUUGUCAAGCUUCUCUCUGCAGCUGAGAGGGCAAGAUCUUAUGAGAAGGAGUCUCAGCCACAAG